AUGAUGCAACAACUAACCUCAUUAAACUUAAUAUUCUAAAAAUUAAAGAGAAAACCGCAUAUCUGUAUAUAAAUCCAUAACUUCUUUGUCUCUCUUCCCACCAUUCAUAGUUUGAAGUCCUCUAGUACUCAACAUGGCUCAUUUCGUGGGUAAUGAUGAGAUAGAAUCACUGAGAACAGAGCUAAAAAGUCUCAGUUCCUCAUUUCAGCAUCACACUUCUAGUUUCCGAAGCAGUUCGGAUUUGGGUUCUGUAAUGGGUGAUGAGGUUGAUGAUGAAUGUGCAUUGCAAUGGGCUACCAUUGAGAGAUUACCCACUUUUGAAAGGUUGAGAUCAUCUUUGUUUGACCGUGAAUAUGGUGAAAAUGGGGUUAAAGGAAAAAGGGUUAUUGAUGUUACUAAGCUUGGUGCUCUUGAAUGUCAUUUGUUCAUUGAGAAACUUAUCAAACACAUUGAGAACGACAAUCUUCGCUUGCUGCAUAAACUCAGAAAAAGAAUGGACAAAGUUGGUGUAAAAUUCCCCACUGUGGAGGUGAGAUAUGAGAAUCUACGAGUGGAAGCAGAGUGUGAGGUAGUUCAUGGCAAGCCCCUUCCAACACUAUGGAAUUCACUCAAAAGCAUGCUUUUUGAUUUUGCUAAGUUUCCUGGGUUAAAGUCACAAGAAGCAAAGAUAACCAUCAUUAAUGAUGUCAGUGGCAUCAUUAAGCCCGGGAGAAUGACUCUACUGCUUGGUCCUCCUGGAUGUGGGAAGACAUCUUUACUGAAAGCACUUUCUGGAAAUUUGAGAAAACCUCUCAAGGUUACAGGGGAAGUUUCUUACAAUGGAUGCAAACUGGAAGAGUUUGCACCCCAGAAAACAUCUGCUUAUAUAAGCCAAUAUGACCAACACAUUGCUGAGAUGACUGUGAGGGAAACACUUGAUUUUUCAGCCUGCUGUCAGGGUGUCGGAAGCCGAGCAGAGAUUAUAUUUGAGCUCACCAGAAGGGAGAAACAGGCAGGCAUUAUUCCAGAUCCAGACAUAGAUACUUAUAUGAAGGCAAUUAGUGUUGAAGGACAAAAGACAACUCUUCAGACUGACUACAUUUUAAAAAUUCUUGGACUUGAUAUCUGUGCGGAUACACUGGUUGGAGAUGCCAUGAGAAGAGGUAUCUCCGGUGGUCAGAAGAAACGAUUAACUACAGGCGAAAUGAUUGUUGGUCCAACAAAGGCUUUGUUUUUGGAUGAUAUAUCAAGUGGCUUAGACAGUUCCACCUCAUAUCAGAUUGUUGCUUGCCUCCAACAGUUGGCACAUAUCACCGAUGCUACAGUACUUGUGUCACUUCUUCAGCCGGCACCAGAAACCUUCGAACUCUUUGAUGAUAUUAUCUUGAUGGCAGAAGGGAAGACUGUGUAUCAUGGAUAUCGCAGUCAUGUUUUAGACUUUUUUGAGGGUUGUGGGUUUCGGUGUCCUGAAAGGAAAGGGGUAGCUGACUUCCUCCAGGAGGUUAUUUCAAUGAAAGAUCAAGCACAGUAUUGGCACCGGACUGAACAACUUCAUAGUUAUGUUUCUGUUGAUAUGUUCUCUGAGAAAUUCAAGGAAUCUCCUUCUGGGAAGAAGCUAGAUGAGGAGCUCUCUAAGUCAUUCAUAAAGUCCCAGAGCCAUAACAGUGCCAUUUCUUUUAGCGCGUGUUCUCUUUCUAAGUGGGCACUCUUUAAAGCUUGCAUGUCAAGGGAAUUUCUUCUCAUGAAAAGGGAUUCUUUUCUUUAUGUAUUCAAAUCAAUCCAGCUUGUCAUAAUUGCAUCUAUGAUGAUGACUGUAUUUUUUCGAACUCGGAUGACUGUCGAUGUUGUUCAUGCAAACUAUUUUCUGGGGGCUCUUUUCUUCACUCUCAUGAUUCUUAUAAUUGAUGGAUUUCCAGAGAUGUCCAUCACUAUGGCAAGACUUCCAAUUUUCUACAAACAGAAAGAACUGUACUUCUACCCAGCUUGGGCCUAUGCAAUUCCAGCUUCCAUUCUCAAGGUCCCUCUUUCGUUGUUGGAAGCUCUAGUUUGGACAUCUCUAACUUAUUAUGUAAUUGGAUACAGUCCGGAGGCUGGCAGGUUUUUCCGCCAGUUCAUUCUCCUUUUUGCUGUGCACUUAACAUCAAUGUCCAUGUUCCGUUUCUUGGCAUCAGUAUUCCAGACCGCCGAUGCUUCUACAACAGCUGGUAGUUUAUCAAUAUUAUUUGUCUUACUGUUUGGUGGCUUCAUUAUCCCAAAACCCUCCAUGCCAGUAUGGUUGAAGUGGGGAUUUUGGGUUUCCCCAAUAACGUAUGGUGAGUUAGGCCUUGCUUUAAAUGAAUUUCUUGCUCCACGAUGGCAAAAGAUGUCGACCACAAACACAACAUUAGGCCAAGAAACACUUGAAAGCCGUGGAUUGAACUUCAAUGCAUACUUUUUUUGGAUAUCAGUUGGUGCCUUAUUUGGGUUUACAUUGAUUUUCAACGUUGGUUUUACCUUGGCCUUAACGUUCCUAAAACCUCCGGGUUCUCGUGCUAUUAUUUCAAAUAUAAAGCUCUCCCAGUUACAAGGAAGUGCAGAUCCCACCAUUGUGGAAGAUAACUCCAGUAAUUCUUCACCUAAAACUAUUAAAGUACCUUGUAAAGGCGGAAUGGUUUUACCUUUUGAACCUUUGACUUUAGUGUUCGAGGAAGUGCAAUACUAUGUUGACACCCCUUCGGAAAUGCGACAAUGGGGUUUCACUGAGAAAAAGCUCCAACUUCUAUGUGAUAUUACAGGUGCAUUUAGGCCUGGUGUUCUAACAGCAAUAAUGGGUGUAAGUGGAGCUGGGAAAACAACUCUUUUGGAUGUUCUUUCUGGAAGAAAAACUAGUGGCACUAUUGAAGGACAAAUUAAAAUUGGAGGAUAUCCUAGGGUUCAGGAAACUUUUGCUAGAAUAUCAGGUUAUUGUGAGCAAACUGACAUACAUUCUCCACAAAUUACUGUAGAAGAAUCAGUUAUAUUUUCUGCUUGGCUGCGUCUGCAUCCUCAUAUUGAUUCAAAAACCAAAUAUGAAUUUGCGACAGAAGUCCUUGAGACCAUUGAGCUUGAUGGAAUCAAAGAUGCCUUGGUGGGCUUACCAGGUGUUAGUGGCCUAUCAACCGAGCAACGUAAGCGGCUCACAAUAGCUGUGGAGCUUGUUGCUAACCCCUCUAUUAUAUUUAUGGAUGAACCUACAUCUGGACUGGAUGCAAGAGCAGCUGCAAUUGUCAUGCGGGUGGUCAAGAAUGUGGUUAAUACAGGAAGAACAGUUGUUUGCACCAUCCACCAACCAAGUGUUGACAUAUUUGAGGCAUUUGAUGAGUUAAUUCUAUUGAAAAAUGGUGGACGUAUGAUCUACUCUGGACCAUUGGGUCACCAUUCAAGUAGUGCCAUUGAGUAUUUUGAGGGUAUCUCAGGUGUGCCGAAGAUCAGAAAUAAUUACAAUCCAGCAUCAUGGAUAUUAGAGGUCACUUCUGCAUCUGCAGAAGCUGAACUUGGUGUAGAUUUUGCCCAAAUAUACACGGAAUCUGUUUUAUAUGAGAACAAUAAUGAGCUUGUAAAGAGGUUAAGUUCUCCGCCUCCUGGUUCAAAAGAAUUGUCUUUCCCAACCCAGUUUUCACAAAAUGGUUGGGGACAGUUCAAAUCCUGCCUCUGGAAACAGCAUUGGUCUUAUUGGAGAAGUCCUUCAUACAACUUACUGCGUUCCUUGCAUUUACUUAUUGCAUCCUUGCUUUUUGGAAUACUGUUCUGGGAUCAGGGAAGGAAAAUAAAUAACCCACAGAGCUUGUUCAGUAUACUUGGUUCAAUGUUCCUUGCACUAACUUUCUUGGGUGUAAAUAAUUCCUCGACAGUUUUGCCCUAUGUCUUGACAGAGCGAUCCGUUCUUUUUCGAGAAACAUUUGCAGGGAUGUACGCUUCAUGGGCUUAUGCACUUGCACAGGUGAUAAUUGAGGUUCCCUAUCUCUUCGCCCAGUCACUUGCAUUUGUGGUCAUCACAUAUCCAAUGAUCGGGUAUUACUGGUCGGCUUAUAAGGUUUUCUGGUACUUCUACACCAUGUUUUGUACAUUGCUUUACUACACUUAUCUUGGAAUGCUGCUCGUUGCAAUAACACCAAGCUAUCCAGUAGCUGCAGUUUUACAGUCGACUUUCUACACUGUGUUUAUCUUGUUUGCUGGAUUUUUGAUUCCUCAACCGCAAAUCCCCAAGUGGUGGCUCUGGUUGUAUUAUCUAUGCCCUAUGUCUUGGACACUAAAUGGAAUGCUUACUUCCCAGUAUGGAGAUAUAGAGAGAGAGAUUAUGGUGUUCGGAGAAGCCAAAACUGUCGCGGCAUUUUUGAGAGAUUACUUUGGAUUUCACCAUGAUCAAUUACCCAUAGUUGCUGUUGUUCUCACUGUAUACCCCAUUAUUCUUGCUCUUCUAUUUGCAUUCUGUAUUGGGAAGCUUAAAUUCCAAAAAAGACGAAUGUUUUGCAAAGCCAUUUGUUCAUGAUUUCAUUGCUUUUCUAAUCAUUGUGGCAAUGGGUUCAUGUGCUAUCUUCUCUGGCAGAUGACUGCAACUUUGGAGUAAUCAAACAAAUUCAGUACAAAGUAACUGUAGAUUGGAUACAUUUAGGCUCGGUUUGUUUGGAUGUAAAAUAUUUUUUUUAAAGAAUAUUAAUAUUUUUUUUUUC